AUGGCGAUUUCUUUACCCUCAUCGACCACUUUGAAAGCCACCAUGUCAAAUCCUUCAUCUUCAACAAUUUCCAUGUCGGAUUCUUCACCUUCAACUCAUUUUCCUUCAUUAGUCUCAAUAACUGCAAUUAUAGUUAUGGUAUUAAUAGUAGUCAUCGCUAUUUUCUUGAUAUACUUUUACAAAAGGCAUCAAAGAAGUUGCAAGAUGAGUCCUAUAUUACAAUUUGAAGUGAUGCAUUCUCGUGUUGUUGUUGUCGAUGCUGAUGGUAAAAGUGUGGCUGGAGUCAAACGUAAUAGCUCUGUAAGCUCAAAUGGUAGUACUUCUAGCGGAAAAGACGCUAAGAACAACAAAAGUAAAAUGAUACAAGUGCUCCAAUAUAAUAAUAAUAAUACUACAAUUGAACCUAGCCAUUCAAAAGAAAUGUAUUAUGAAUAUUUGUAA